CACCGUUUCUCCCACCUGCAAAUCUUUCAUCGUUCCCCCAAAACCCCCAAAAACACCAAGAAACCCCAAGAAUCCAAAUCAACUCGCCGCCACAAUGUACCGAGUCGCGAAAGCGUCGGAGUACCUGGCGAUCACCGGCGUCGGGAUCAAGGACAUCAAGCUCGCCAAGAAGUCAUGGAUCUUCCCCGGCCAAUCCUGCACCAAGUUCGACAUCUCCCCGGUCAACUACACCUUCGAGGUCCAGGCCAUGUCCGCCGAGAAGCUCCCCUUCAUCCUCCCCGCCGUCUUCACGAUCGGCCCCCGCUACGACGACGACGACGCCCUGCUCAAGUACGCGAAGCUGAUCUGCCCCCACGACAAGCACUCCCAGCACGUGAACCAGCUGGUCCAGGGCGUAAUCGAAGGCGAGACCCGCGUCCUCGCCGCCUCCAUGACCAUGGAGGAGAUCUUCAAGGGGACCAAGGAGUUCAAGCACGAGGUCUUCGGCAAGGUCCAGCUCGAGCUCAACCAGUUCGGCCUCUACAUCUACAACGCCAACGUCAAGCAGCUCGUCGACGUCCGCGGCCACGAGUACUUCUCUUACCUAGGUCAGAAGACGCAGAUGGAGGCCGCCAAUCAGGCCAAGGUCGACGUCGCCGAGGCCAGGAUGAAGGGGGAAAUUGGGGCUAAGGACCGCGACGGGCUCACGAAGCAGAACGCGGCCAAGAUCGACGCCGAGACGAAGAUUAUUGCGAUUCAGAGGGAGGGGGAAGGUAAGAAGGAGGAGAUCAAUGUGAAGGCCAAGGUCAAGAUCUACGAGAAUCUGAGGGAGGCAGAGGUCGCCGAGGCGAACGCCGAGUUGGCUCAGAAGAAGGCCGGCUGGACUCAGGCUUCCCGAGUCGCGGAGGUCGAAUCGGAGAAGGCGGUGGCCCUCCGCGACGCCGAGCUGCAGAGGGAGGUCGAGCGGAUGAACGCCCUCGCCACUACCGAAAAGCUCAAGGCCGAGCUCCUCACCAAAGCCAGCGUCGAGUACGACACCAAGGUUCAAGAGGCGAAUUGGGACCUGUACAACAAGCAGAAGGCGGCGGAGGGAGUGCUGUACGGGAGAGAGAAGGAGGCGGAGGCGCAGAUGGCGGCGGCGAAGUCGGCGUUCUUCGCGCGGCAGCAGGCGGCGGACGCGGAGCUGUAUGGGAAGCAGAAGGAGGCGGAAGGGAUGAUGGCGCUGGCCAAGGCGCAGGGGUUUUACGUGAAGACUCUGCUGGAGGCGCUGGGAGGGGACUACGGUUCGUUGAGGGAUUACCUGAUGAUCAACGGCGGCAUGUUUCAGCAGCUGGCGAAGAUCAAUGCGGACGCCGUCCGGGGGCUGCAGCCGAAGCUGAGCAUCUGGACCGGCGGGGAUGUCGCCGGCGGCGGAGGCGGGAAUGGGGAUGGGCUUGGCGGUGGGGCGAUGAAGGAGAUUGCCGGGGUGUACAAGAUGCUGCCGCCGUUGCUGCAGACUGUUGAGGACCAGACUGGGAUGACACCGCCGGCGUGGCUCGCUACUCUGCCGAAGAAUUGAAUUGGUUGACUAAUUAGUAAUUACUCUUGUGUUUCGUCGGUCUUUGUCGUUGAUUAGUCGGAAUAAACGGGUGUUUAAAGUUUGGUAAAGGGUAAUUGCUUGUAGAUUUGCACAGACUUAAUCGUUAGUGUGGAAUAGUUGGUUUACGUACAAUGAGCUGAGGGUAAUUAGUAAUAUUGGGGUUUGACUUUCCAGUUUCUUAGUAAGUUGUUUAAUAUUGCGUUGACUUUCAAGUGUCAAGUCUUCUUCUCUUGGUGGAGUUUUUUUCUUUCCUCUGUUUUAUUUUGGUGAAGA